ACAGCAUAUCUAUAUCCUCAAGUAGAAAAACAGAGAAAGGAGAAGAAAGAAGACAAGAAAAUAGUGGAAGAGAGAAAGUGAGAAGGAGAAGAUCAGAGAGGAGAGAUCGAUCGCUUUUCUCUUUCGAGGUGGCGACGAUUAGCCCAGAAGAGGAGACUCUGAGCGGAAGGAUCCAUUUGUUAUUUUCGUCUUUGUUUUCGACCCUUGGAGGAGUUUUUGCGCAGAUUCCAGACUCACAGAUGGCAACAAGGCCUAUCGUUCAACAGAAACCGAGAGCAUGAAUUUCUUAUGGAAAUUUGCAGGCGCAGCAGUUGCUGGGUUAGGGAAGCAGAAGAACGCCGCUGCAGAUGGAAAGAACCGGCGAGCACUUGAAGAUGUUAGCAACUUGGGGGUUACAAAUAAGGGUCUGGAAGGGAAGCCUCUUCAACAGAUAACUCGCCCUGUGACAAGGGGUUUCUGUGCACAAUUACUUGCUAAUGCACAAGCAGCCGCACAGAAUGAUAAGAAGCCAACUACAGAAAUUGUUGAUGGGGUUGUGAUUAUUGAUGCCGACGUUGCAAAGCGAGGUGGUGCAGCAAAGGCAGCUCAAAAGAAAGUAACUGUGAAGCCAGUACCUGAUACAGUAAUCGAGAUUAGCCCUGAUACAGAGGAGGAGAGCAAACCGAAAAAGCUUGCAAACAGGAGAAAGUCAAGGGAAGGGUCAUCAGGGAAGAAAGUGAAGACUCUUACAGCAACCCUCACUGCUAGGAGCAAGGCUGCUUGUGGGCUAACUGGUAAACCCAAGGAGCCAAUUGUUGACAUUGAUGCAGCAGAUGUCAAUGAUCAGUUAGCAAUUGUUGAGUAUGUUGAAGACAUUUACCAGUUUUACAAGCUCACUGAGCAUGAAAGUCGAGUUCAGGACUACAUGGUGUCACAGCCUGACAUAGAUGAAAGGAUGAGGGAGAUUCUUGCAGAUUGGUUAAUAGAAGUUCAUCACAAGUUUGAAUUGAUGCCUGAAACACUCUUUCUUACCCUCUAUAUUGUGGACCGAUUCCUAUCCUUGAAGACUGUCCCAAGGAAGGAGUUGCAGCUGCUUGGCAUAGGAGCCAUGCUCAUAUCGAGCAAAUAUGAAGAGAUUUGGGCUCCAGAGGUCAGUGAUUUUAUUCUCAUUUCAGAUAAGGCUUACACUCGAGAACAGGUAUUGGGGAUGGAGAAGGCAAUCUUGGGCAGGCUUGAAUGGAGCUUGACAGUUCCUACACCUUAUGUCUUCCUAGUCCGUUUCAUCAAGGCUGCUGGGUCUGAUCAGGAGAUGGAAAACAUGGCCUUCUUUCUGGCUGAGCUUGGUCUGAUGCGCUAUGCAACCAUCAUGUAUUGUCCAUCCAUGGUAGCAGCUUCAGCUGUCUAUGCUGCUAGAUGCACAAUGAACAAGACCCCCCUGUGGAAUGAAACACUUAAAUUGCAUACUGGUUAUACAGAAUCACAGCUUAUGGAUUGUGCAAAACUAUUGGUUAGCUUCCAUUCAUCGGCGGCAGAGAGCAAGCUGAAAGGGGUUUACAAGAAGUAUUCAAGUCCAGAACGCAGAGCUGUAGCUCUGCUUCCUCCAGCCAAGAAUCUAACAAUAUGUACCUCCCUCUCCAAAAUGUCCCUUCUGUAAAAAAUCAGUGUCCAUUUUGUAACUGCUAUCACAACCAUCUCUAGUUGUGAUUUGCUCCUGAAUUCUUGUGAGACAUCAUAUCUGAAGUAAUUCUAUUAUUGCUCAUUCUCAA